AUGAGGCGGUUCGACUUAAAGCUGGUCCUCCUGCUUGUCUUCGGUUUCACGCACCGCAGGGUUUCGGGCAGGUGCAGCGUGGAGCACUGCACCGACCCCACGAGGUGCAUGCUGUCCGCCGACCAGAGCAGCUGCAAGUGUGCCGGCGGCUUUUAUUCCGAAAAAUGUGACAAAGAUGCACUCCUUAAAGUAAUGUGUGGAAAUGACUUCAUAACGAUCAGAGCAACGGAAGACUUUUUUAAGCAUCACAAAGUGCCGCUAGAAUCCCUCCACUUGCCAAACAAAUCUUGUCGGGCUCAGCGGGAGGUCGUCAACAACAUGCCAUACUACAUGUUCAGGAUUUCUAAAGAAAAAUACCUGACCUGUGGAGGCAAACCACUGAAGAAAAACUCUACUCACCUCUUGUAUUCUCUGAGCGUAUAUUCAGAGUAUAAAGUUAUUGGGAACAUUGUCAGAGAACCCGUCGUAAAGAUGGACUUCACAUGCGUCUAUCCGUAUGUCAGAAAAGUCAGUCUGCCUUUCCCGCUUAUCCCCAUUUCCAGCGAGGUGGUGAUGCAUGUAGAUGAAAUGGAUGCCACGAUACAAAUGACAUUGUACUCGGACCACAGUUACACUACGGCCUACACAAUUGCUCCAACCAUUGAGCUCAGAGACGAGGUGUUUGUCGAGGUGGCUGUCACAGAUCCUCCAGACUACUUCCACCUCCGGCUCAAUGAGUGCUGGGCCACACAGUAUGGCCAGCCAGAAUCUACCGAGGGACUCACCCACCGUCUGAUUCACAAUGGUUGUGUGGAUGACCACACUGUUUCCUUCCUCGAUGUGGCUGAAGAAAAAUCUGGACGUAACGGGGAGAGCGCCGCGAUUCGUUUCAGCUUUGACAUGUUUCGCUUCACCACUGAGCCUCAUGAGCUUUAUCUGCACUGCACUGUACACCUGUGUGAGCAGGACGACCAGAAGUCCUGCAAGCCUACUUGUAAUUCAAUCAGUAAGAGAGAAGCGGUGAGAGCGGCUCCCGCGGAGGGCCUGCUGUCAUAUGGACCCAUCAGGAUUGAGAUGCCAGACCGACCUCAAUCAGGCAUACUGACAACCAUCGUGCUGCCUGUAGCUGGAUUCUGGACCUUGGGCUUCUUCCUCACCAUCCUCAUCAUUGUGGCCAAAGCAGGCAGAAGGAGAAUAGCAAAACUAGAAGAGCACUGA